GGGGGUUUAAAUUAUUUUCUUUAAAAGCAGUGAGCGAGAGCUAGAGGCAUCGCGACCCAGGUGUCGCCGCUUCCUGCUAUAGAGGGCUCGGCGCCCAGGUCCCUCCCUCCUCACGCCCCCUCCCCUUGUGUCCUCCCCUGUGGAGCCGUGCGGCGCUUAAGAGGCGGCCGCGGCGGAUCGAGCAGCCGCUGCAGCUUCGGCGGCCUCGGAGAAGGAGGAGGGGAAGCACAAAGCCCGCUGCGCGAGGCGAGCUGCGAGAUAACAAGGGGAGUCGCUGACUUGAAGCAUGAGUUCAGAUGCCAGCCAAGGCGUGGUCACUACUCCUCCUCCUCCCAGCAUGCCUCACAAAGAGAGGUAUUUUGACCGCAUCAAUGAAAAUGACCCAGAAUAUAUUAGGGAAAGAAACAUGUCUCCUGAUCUACGACAAGACUUCAAUAUGAUGGAGCAGAGGAAACGAGUUACUCAGAUCCUGCAAAGUCCUGCCUUUCGGGAAGACCUGGAAUGCCUUAUUCAAGAACAGAUGAAGAAAGGCCACAACCCAACUGGAUUGCUGGCAUUACAGCAGAUCGCAGAUUACAUCAUGGCCAAUUCUUUCUCAGGCUUUACUUCACCUCCCCUCAGUCUCGGCAUGGUCACACCUAUCAGUGACCUUCCUGGGGCAGAUACAGCCUCAUACGUGAAGGGAGAAAAGCUUACCCGCUGUAAGCUUGCCAGCCUGUACAGACUCGUGGACUUGUUUGGAUGGGCACAGCUGGCAAAUACAUACAUCUCCGUGAGAAUAAGUAAGGAGCAAGACCACAUAAUAAUAAUUCCUAGAGGCCUGUCUUUUUCUGAAGCCACAGCCUCCAAUUUGGUAAAAGUCAAUAUAAUAGGAGAAGUGGUUGAUCAGGGAAGUACUAAUUUGAAAAUUGACCACACAGGCUUCAGUCCCCAUGCUGCAAUCUAUUCCACACGUCCUGAUGUUAAGUGUGUGAUCCACAUCCAUACUCUUGCAACAGCAGCUGUAUCCUCCAUGAAGUGUGGGAUCCUUCCAAUUUCUCAAGAGUCCCUCCUCCUGGGAGAUAUUGCCUAUUAUGACUACCAAGGGUCACUUGAUGAACAGGAGGAGAGAAUUCAACUGCAGAAAGUUCUGGGGCCAAGUUGUAAGGUGCUGGUACUCAGAAAUCAUGGUGUGGUAGCCCUUGGAGAAACAGUUGAGGAGGCUUUUCAUUAUAUAUUUAACGUGCAGAUAGCCUGUGAGAUUCAGGUGCAGGCAUUAGCAGGGGCAGGUGGAGUAGACAAUCUGCUUGUGCUGGAUCCUCAGAAGUACAAAGCUUUCACUUACACCGUGGUAGCAUCUGGAGGAGGAGGAGUGAAUAUGGGUUCCCAUCAAAAAUGGAAGGUUGGCGAGAUUGAGUUUGAAGGGCUGAUGAGGACUCUGGAUAAUUUGGGGUAUAGAACAGGCUAUGCUUACAGGCAUCCUCUCGUUCGAGAGAAGCCCAGGCACAAGAGUGAUGUGGAGAUCCCGGCAACUGUGACUGCUUUUUCCUUCGAGGAUGACACAGUGCUACUGUCUCCUCUCAAAUAUAUGGCACAGAGGCAGCAGCGGGAAAAAACAAGAUGGCUGAACUCCCCAAAUACUUACAUGAAAGUGAAUGUGCCUGAGGAGUCUCGGAAUGGUGAAACCAGUCCCAGGACCAAAAUCACAUGGAUGAGAGCAGAGGAUUCUUCUAAAGUUAGUAGUGGAACACCUAUCAAAAUUGAAGAUCCAAAUCAGUUUGUUCCUUUAAACACAAACCCGAAUGAGGUACUAGAGAAGAGAAAUAAGAUUCGAGAACAAAACCGAUAUGACUUGAAAACAGCAGGACCACAGUCUCAGUUGCUUGCUGGAAUUGUUGUGGAUAAACCUCCUUCUACCAUGCAAUUUGAAGAUGACGAUCAGGCCCCACCAGCUCCUCCCAACCCCUUCAGUCAUCUCACAGAAAGAGAGCUUGAAGAGUAUAAGAAGACAAUCGAACGUAAACAGCAGGGCCUGGAAGAAAACCAUGAGCUAUUUUCCAAGAGCUUCAUCUCCAUGGAAGUGCCUGUCAUGGUAGUGAAUGGCAAGGAUGAUAUGCAUGAUGUUGAAGAUGAGCUUGCUAAGCGAGUAAGUAGGUUAACUACAAGCACGACCAUAGAGAACAUCGAGAUUACCAUUAAGUCUCCAGAAAAAAUUGAAGAAGUCCUGUCACCUGAAGGCUCACCUUCAAAAUCACCAUCCAAGAAAAAGAAGAAAUUCCGUACUCCCUCUUUUCUGAAAAAGAACAAAAAAAAGGAGAAAGUUGAAGCCUAACUGAAGUCUUUUUUAUAAUUAUUACAAUGUGACAUUGCACAUUUAAAUACCACAUUUAGGUUGAUCAUUAAUAUGCAGUGGUAGAUAAGAUUGGGGGUAUGUAGCAAACUGGACUUUAAGAACUGGAAAGAGAUUUUACUAAAAGAAAAACAUUAUGAAAAAAAAUCUCAAAUUCAUCUCUCAUUUUAUAUGUCCAAAAAAGGUUUUUGAAUUUUUAAAUACUUGCUAGUUUUAGUUAGCUCUGCCCUCAUGAAGUAUUACUAUAAUUCACCACAAACAGGUAUCUGUCUGAAUUACUUCAGGCCUUCUGCAUAAUAUCUGUUGGAAACAAAUUACCAGGGAACAAGCGAGAGAAUUUUUAUUUCUCAGCAGCUGCUUCACUGGGUAAUCAGAUUAUAAUUUUUUACCAUGAUUAUUGACUGUACCUUUUGGGUUCCCAUUGUUUCAGUGGGCAUUAACAGAACGCUUUAAAAGCUUCUAAGAAUCUAUAGCAUUAGUAUACACUGGCACAUAAUUUUUUUUAAAAAAAAGUUUAGGAAAAGAUUCAUUUGGAAUUUUAUUCAUAGUAUAAAAUUUCCUCACCUGAAGUAACUUUCUUUGCCAAAAAAAAUCAUUUUAGUAAACUAUAAUUUUUGAAAACUUCCUUUUUUAUUAGUUUAGAAAGCCCCUUAUUUUUCAACAAAGGGGAUUUUGUACACGUAACAUGGGUUAUUUAGUUUAACUCUGGCAAAAACGAUUUUUGUAUGUUGAGAUGUUUAUAUACCAUUCAAUUUAAGCAUCAUAAGCAUAUUAGCCAAUCAUAUAACCGUAGAGCAUAUUUGAGGCUGCUUGGUACUAAGUAUACUUAAAUAUAAUUCAAGAAUCCAGGGACUUGGUAUCAAAAGGGGAUUAGAGCAUUUCAAGGUAUAACUAGAUUCAUAUUUGAACCUUAUCAUGUAUUUUUCUCUUAGUAUUGCUAACAAAUGAAGAAGCUCUCAUACAGUAACCAAAUGAAAAGGAAAAGAGAAAGUGAAAAAUGAAGGGAACAAAAGUGGUGUCAUGCAAAGAAUUCUAGUUUGAUAAAGACUCAUCGUCACGAUAGGAUUUGAAGCAUAGUUUUUUUGAAACAUGUCCCAAAUUGCUAAAAUUCUGCUUUGCCAAAAUCCUCAUAUUUCUUCAUUGAUAUUUGAGUUUUAAAAGGGUCAAUUCCUUUUAAUUUCUGUAUCUUUAGAAGGCAGUACUAGGAGAAAUCAGUGGGUCUGAUCCCCAGUGAGAAAACCUACCACUUCUUGAUUUUUUACAAAAUUUUCUUAUCUUGUUUCAAUUAACUUUCUUUCUAAUGUAAAUACAAAUUUAAACCUAGACUUAAUAUAGUUUUUCCCCCCUUUACCCAAGUGAUGUCACAAAUCAGUGUAAAAUCAAUGAUCCGAAAUGGUCAGUGGGUAAAAAUAAUCCAAAGUGUUUCUGGAGGGUGAGUUGGCAUGUAAAAAAAUCACAUUGAUUACAGUGUGUUCGGGGGCUGGUUCUGUUUGACUGUAUUUGUAUGAUGAUGCAAAGUUGAAACAGAGCCUGGAAAUUUCAUUCUAGAUCUCACUAACUACUGGAAUCAGUGUUUUAAUCUCUUAGUGGAAACUUUCAGUUGCUUAAUUCUGUAUUUGAGGAUUUUUUCUAUGUUCUACAUCAUUUAUGUUGUAUUACAACGUAUGUAGAAACAGUAACCUGUGAACUAUGCUUUUCCAUAACUUUUUAAAUAUAUAUAUAUCUUAAAUGAAUGCAAUGUGCAUAAAUAUUUUUUAAAUGCAACAGUGAACUAUUUGCACCUUUUGCUAAUGCCUCUAUUUACUUGCUUUGGCAUAAAGAAUGAGCCAAUGAACCUCUGUGUCCUGUGGAAAAUGUAAAAUGUUAUCUGAUAUUGCUCUUAGAUGUAAUGCUAAUUAAUGUUAAAUCACAAAUAAACAGUAUUUUAAAUAGA